AGGCAGCCGUGCUGGGGGCUUCGCAGUCCCAUGGACAUGGGGAGCGGUGCCUUUGCCCUGCUCCUUGCCCUGGCCCUGGUGGCAUGUGUCACCCCUGCGGAGAGCAAGUGCCAGCUCAGCGGUCUGUGGAGGAACGAGCAGGACUCGCUGAUGGAGAUCUCGGCCGUGAGGAGCAACGGGGAAUUCCAGGGGAAAUACCUCACAAGGGUCACGCUCGGUGGUGGCUGCGCCCGCCUCUCCCCUCUGAAGGGCAGCCAGCAGCAGCCCGGCGAGGGGGAAUGGCCCACCUUCACCUUCACCGUGCACUGGGACAAGUUCUCCAAUGCCACAACCGCCUUCGUGGGGCAGUGCUUCGUGGACGCAGGUGGAAAGGAGACACUGACCACCACGUGGCUGCUGCGUGAAGCUGUCGGGUCCCUCGAGGAGGACUGGAAAGCCACAAGGGUGGGCAGAAACAUCUUCACACGCAAACGCAUCCCAAAAGAAAAGAUCCUGCUGAGCUUAUCCCCAUCAUGCGACAAUGAGUCUUCACCUGCCCCUUGA